AUGGAGGACAGCCAGAGGAAGCAAGGCCAGAGAUCUGAUGCCCACGACGCCCAGGGAAACCGCAAGGCCAGGAAGGUAAGGUUCAAACUGGCCUCGUCCUACAGCGGACGGGUCCUGAAACACGUUUACGAGGACGGACAGGAGCUGGAGAGCCCCGAGGAGAAGUACCCCCGCAGUUUCAUCCAUAAAAUCCCUCAACACUUGGAGGUGGGCCAGUUAUAUGGCUUUGAGGAUAUGGGGGACUCUGAACUGUACCCCACGACGGGGCUCACGGCUCAGAGAAUCAAUAUCUACAGAGGGGUUGGGGCCCAAAUGGCCCCUGUCUACAGGGACCACCCAGAGGGGGCUGACAGAUCACCGGUGUUGGACUUUGGGAAGAUUAUCAUUUAUACCAGCAACUUGCGAAUCAUCCGUGCCCCACGGAGGAGAGGUGAAUCGGGAAAGACCACUCUGAGGGAGUGUGUGGGAGAGGAGGAGAUCUCACAGGGGGGGGAGCCCAGUACCAGAGGAAAACACAGACCGUCAUGUGACCACGAAAAGGAACACAGUGGCCCAGAUGACAAGGAUGCCGACGGGAGCUGUGUGCAGUGCGGAGGUUCGGGCUGUGCCCCCUGCUCUCUGUGCCAUGGCAGUAAGCUAUCCAUGCUCGCCAACCGCUUCAAUGAGUCCAUAAGGGAGCUACGCUGCCCGGCCUGCAACCCCUACGGGCUGGAGAGGUGCCAGUCCUGCGCCUAG